CUAUCAUUUGGAGUCUACCGGUAAACUUGUAUAUGCCACUCAUGAGGGAUCAAAUGUCUGACCUCAGGAGUCAGGGCUUGAUUUUCGCUGCAUCAGUGAGCGGUCGCAGCGGGUCGCAGAGACGUCGUCUACUAGAUACCUUCAACUUUGUAGGUACAUCACAAGUUACUAUGGUUUCUAUCAGUGUUGGACUAAAUCAUGCAUUAUCAGCCUGUGCAAAGCUUCCCCUAACUCUGGUCUGCGGGGGGUCCUGCGUCACUGCCUGUCUCUGCGCUGCCAUGGGCCCUGCAGGAGCUCAUCAACUUGUACAGAAAAGUGACCCUACAGUUUCAGUCGGGUUUCAGUCGGAGGCAAAAGCAUUGAGCCAUAAUGCAGGACGUCAGAAUAGCUCUGCGUUGGAAGAGCAGGUGCUGAUUAUGUGAACAGCUCUGUUCCAACCCGCUGUCCGCAUUCAAUUGUUCUCUUGUCACAAAAUCGGAAGUUGCUCAGAGCAAAGGCGGCGUUGAAGAACCGCCGCGACCAUGGCGGACCCCCUUGCAAUCCUAGAUUUGUGCCUAAACAUCAUGGAUAGGUUGCAAGCCGCAGCAAGGGCGGUGGAGUUCUCAAAAAAGCAAUGCAUUCGGGCAGCAACUAGAGUGGCCGAGUACAAACACCGUCUGGUGGAGUGGCGGCGCCAUCGGCUUGGAGAUCCGGGCUCUGAUUUGCUACAGCGGAUGCAUGCCUUGCAAAGGUUGGAAGCCACGCUGCGGGAGGGGAUCCUGCUGAUAGAAACGUUUGGGAAGCAACGGUACCUGAUCAGGCUGCUCCAUAGAGACGUGAAUGCAGAGGGGUUUGAGACGUUCCAUCAGAACCUGGACGAGUGCAUCAGGGACAUCACGCUCGAUGUCGUCAUGGAGGCAGCUGCCGCGGGGAGGGCGCACGAGGCGGAGAGGGGGCUGAGGGAACAAUGUGCCAGGGAGGACAGGCAGGAGCUCAAGCAACAGAUGCUUGAGCUCAAAGAAAAGUUGUUGUCUGAGGCUGGGCACAGACGGAGCGAGCAGGACAGGAACCAAGAGAAGCUGGCGCAGGAGAUAGUCAAUCGGCUUGAUGCACGUGCAUCGGAGCCUGGCCAAGAUCUGGCCGUCCUCCAAUUGAAGAGGCAAGACGUCCAGUACGAAGGGUGCUUAGUGCUUGGACAUGGGGGGUUUGGUAUAGUGUACCGGGGCCGGUAUCUGAAUGACGAGUGGGUGGCUGUAAAGGCGGUGGAGUGCAACCGGCCGGCGGCUCAGGGAAAAGUAAUCAGGGCUCUCAUGGAGGAAGCCAGGCUGUGCUUUAAGGCAAGGCACAGUCGAGUGGUGCAGCUUCUAGGGGUCUGCACGGACGAGUCGCCGUACCUUUUGGUUAUGGAGUGCCUUGCCGGAACUCUAGAGAAACUCAUGAGAAGGCGGCCGUCUCCUCCUUUCAGUGUGGCGGAGAGUGUGGGGAUACUGCUGCAGAUCGCAGAGGGCGUUCAGUUCCUGCACAGGCAGGACAUAGCCCACCGAGACCUCAAACCGGCAAACAUCCUUGUUGAGGAUCUAGACGCGGAGCAUAUCAAAAUCAAGCUCUGUGAUUUUGGCCUGGCCAAGGUCAAGCGGGAGACUUCUCUUGCCACGUCAAAGGUGGGGACUGGUUGCUACCGUGCACCAGAGUGUCAGUCAGACGCAGCCGGCAGAUACCAGGCACGAGCAGCUGACAUCUAUAGCUUUGGCGUGACGACCUAUGAGGUGCUGACUGGGGAGUGGCCCGCCGACCUCGUGACUCAACUCGGACGAGCAGCGGCAAUCGCAAAGAUGGUAGAAACCGUCCGCUCCGCGUGCGGCGCUGAGCUUGCAAAUCUUGUGAGCGAUUGCUGCCAGCACGAACCAAACUUGCGGCCGGCUAACUUUGGCUUUGUCUGCACGAGACUCAAGCUGGCAAGGGACAGCCUCCUGGAUCCGGUCGGGCUCGCGCGCCGCUUACAGGACAGCGUCCACAUUGGCGAGGCCGUUGAGGCUGACUCUCUUGCGUCCCCCUCAGGGGUUGCAAGCGAGACCUCGAGGAGCGGUGGCGCUUCAUCGGCGCACGCUGACCAGGUCGGAAACUUGUCCCAGCCGCCAUCCUACAAGACACCGGCAGCUUCUCCACGGUCAACCCUGCAGCCUGCAAUCAGUAGUAGAGAAGAAAGGGAGCGGGCCGCUUUCGAGACGUGGAGGAAGACUGUCGGGAGCGACGGAGAGGCGACGUGGGAGCGCUUCUGGGAGCUGUUCGAGGGCGACCUCCACAUCUGGGACGACGAAGAACGAGCCCGGUUCCAGGACCAGGUUUGCCGUAGCCCUGUUGCCCCGACAAUCAAGAGAGCGGAGUGGGUCCGGGCGGUUGGCUCGAGCGCGAGCGCGAUUGACUUCUGGAAGAGCGCGAAGCAGAGGAGGUGGUCGCCUGCGGGCUUGGCGCGGGGACAAACGGACGGGCAGUGGACCCACAAAGUCGAGGCGCCCGCGGGCGCGUUCAUUGUCCAGUGGAAGGGGAAGACGGGCAGUGGGCAGUGGCUGGAUCUGCUAGGAAUCGCGGACGCUGGGGCGGGCAAAACACUCCCCGAGCAACCGGACGGGUUCGCUCGAGUGACUGGGAGGGCAGGUGGCUGGCUGACCAACUUCAUGGGCGUUGGUGCCGUCCGUGACUCGCCGUGGGAGGAUUCCGGAGAGCGGGCCGGCUUGACCCCGAGCAGCAGAGUCGUGGGCUACCAGAUGCGGGUGACCGGUAGUUACGCCGAGACGGUUCGGUUCCUGUUUGCAGAGCCAGUCCGGACUGUUUGA